AUGGACCUCGCGACCAGGGAAGGAUUCCCCAACGGGCACCUGAUGCACCACGGGGAGGCCCCGCAGAAGGGGAGGAAGGGCCAGAGGCACCUCGGAGACCCCCGAAGCUACCCCAAUCACAGUGCCGACGAGUUGGACGAGGCUAACAAGGGUCACCCCAGCGGGAUGAACAGCAGCCACCUCGCCGCAAACAACCACUCCGUCGCAAACAACGCAGAAAAGGAGCAUGCGAAUGGAGAGACAGAAGGAAGAGCCAACUACGUGAGCAAAGAAUAUAAGGUGCACUGGAGGGAAAAGGAAAGAAUACAAAAGGUUAUUAAUAAGGAGAAGGAACUGGAAAAGGACUUUGCGAAGAGGGAAAAGGAAUGGGUCGAAUUGGAGGAGCAAAUAAGAAAUGAUACUUACAAAGAGUGGAACAAACUGCAGCAGAUAAAGAAGAAAGACAUAGCCAAGAUGAUAGAAUAUGAUUUAAAGGGGGAGCAGGAGAAUGCGAAUUUGUCUACGUCGAAGAAGAGGGAGAUGAGGAACUCGAAGAGGAAGAAGGAGAAGGAGCUGGACGACUUAGACCGCCUCGACGAGAUGAGGGAGGCGAGUGAGGCGGCGAGGGAAGCCGAGAGAGAGGCUGCCAAAGAAACCGCCAAAGAAGCCGCCAAAGAGGCCGCCAAAGAGGCCGCCAACGAAGCCGCCAACGAGGCUGCCAACGAAGCCGCCAACGAGGCCGAUAAAAACGCCCCUCACGGGGGGGAGAACCAACCGGAGAGGAAGAACUCAGACCAACUUGCCGAAGACGCAACCGGGAAGGAACCCAAUCAACAAGAGGGCAAAGACAGUGGGAGUGCGUCUAAGCCCAAGAGCAGUUUUUUUAUGAAUGCCUUGUCCUUCGUUUUUGACAGGAGUGGUGAGGCAGCGGGGGAGGAGAAGGGGGGCGAGGCAGCGGAGAAGGACACUGCGGAGAAUGAACAUGCGAAGAACGGAAAUAUGGAGAAGGGCAAUACGGAGAAGGGCAAUGUGGAGAAGGACACUGCGGAGAAUGAACAUGAGGAGAACCCCUGCGUGGAAAAAACUUCUGCGCAGGGCUGCACCCGGGAAGAGGCGGAGGCGCGCUCGAGCAAGCGGAAGCCCCCCGCCGCGGAACCGAUCAACAUAAAGGUGAACGAGAAAAAAAAAAAAAAAAAAAGCGGAGACCCGGAGAGCGCGAGCAGGGUGUCCACCAGGAGGGGCCUACAAAACGUGUUCAGCGGGACCGAGGAGGAUGAGCUGUUCGCAGGGAAAAAGGGUAAGGACGGAGCAGUCGCAUCGGAAGGAGUAGAAGCAGCCGCGGACAGAGCAGAAGCUGCCGCGGACGUGAUAGAACAGUCGAAAAAAAUUCUGGAGAUGGUCCCCUCCAGCGAAGAAGAGAUAUUUAACUUCCCCAUAAACUGGGCGGUCCUAAAUCAAAAGGGAAAUAUAAUUACAAAGCUGAAGCCGUGGAUUUGUAAAAAAAUAAUAGAGUACAUAGGCUCCGAUGAGAAGGAGGUGACAGGCGAAAUUAGCAACUACUUCGUCGACCAAGUGUUGAAGGAGAGAGCUCCAAAGGAGAUGCUCGUUGAGGCCGAGAAGUUUUUAGAUGCGGAUGGCAAGAAGUUCAUUUUGAAUAUGUAUAGGCUGAUCAUCUUCGAGCAGCUGAAGCUGACCAGCGCUGUGUGA